AUGGUAGUGAUCGCCGUUUCCAUAAUCACUCGACAGGGAAAGCCAUUGCUUUCCAGGCAAUUCAGAGAUAUAAGUAAAGAUCGUGUGACUGAGCUUCUCUCGAACUUUCAAGGACUGGUAGUUAGCUCUUCUUCACAACAUACAUUUGUCGAAGAUGAGCAUGUUCGUUAUGUGUAUAAGCCGUUUGACGAUUACUACAUUAUUCUGAUUACGAAUCGGCAGUCAAACAUCAUACAGGAUCUGGAUACCUUAAAGCUUUUCGCACAAAGCAUGAAUUCGUAUUUGAGCAGCUUUGAUGAACACGAAAUCUUUGAGAAUGCAUUCGAAAUUCUGGGCUCUUUCGAUGAAGUCAUUACUAUGGGCUACAAAGAAAACCUCUCGAUGUCGCAAAUCAACACGUACCUGUCUAUGGAAUCCCACGAGGAGAAGAUCCAAGAAAUCAUUGAGCGUAACAAGGAAUUUGAAGCUGCGGAGGAGAGGAAACGCAGAGCCAAGGAGAUCUCCAGACGGGAGCAGGAACGCAAAAUGGGUAUACCUUCCACAAGCGGCAUGGAAGGCAUGCGCUUCCAGUCUUCAAACGAUCCAAACCUUUCGAACGCAUACAGUAGUUAUUACAGCCAAGCCUCCGCUGCGGCCCAGCAAUCGUACUAUCAGACACAACAGAAGACUCCAGCAACUGAAGUACCCACCAGCUUACCCGUUGAGAGCGCAUCGGGAGGAAGGGGACUGAAACUCGGUGGUGGCAGGAAGAGCAGCCUAGGGACAAGUGCCGCUCACUUGCAACAAUCAGCCAGACAGAGCACAACCCCUACCGCCUCCUUCGCGUUGCAGGUAGAAGAGCCUGAGAAACCUGAGAAUAAUGGUAUUCUGGUUUCAGUAAAAGAAGUUGUCAGUGCACAAAUUUCACGCGAGGGUAACGUGGAGAGCUCGGAACUGAAGGGUAGUUUGGAGCUGCGCAUUAACAAUUCAGAAUUGGCGCAUGCCAAAAUCAGCUUGCAUCCAAAAAUCGAUGCCAAAGAUAAGUCAUUCCAGUUCAAGACACAUCCUAAUAUAGACAAGAAUUUAUUCUUGACAUCUGGAAUUAUAGGAUUGCGCGAUUCAACGAAAGCAUUCCCAUCCAAUGAUCAGAGUCUAGCAGUACUAAGGUGGCGCAAGGUCGGAAUUGCAGACGACUCGGCUUUGGCACCAUUGCAGAUUUGUUCGUGGGUUUCCCCGUCUGCUUCUGACAAAGGCUUGUUUGAUGUCACCUUCGAACUAGAAAUGGCAGAGACCUACCAAGAGAGUCUCAACGACGUUCGUUUCGCACUUCCCAUUUUCACUGAGAAUGUUCGCAUAAAUGAUGAAUUCAACGACCUAGGCGCUGUCAUUGAGAGCAUUGACGACGAAAACGGAAUUAUAGUCAAAAUCGACACAAUUGAAGCUGGAACCACUGCUGCUGUUUCACUCACACUUGAAGCUGACUACGAAGACUCUCUGUUCCCGGUCUCCGUGGUUUUUAGCAACCAUGGAGCCCAAAAUUCAUUCACAGGCGUGAGCGUUAGUAAAGUAACAAGUUCUACAGCGGAAAGUGACGAGCACCUACCAUUCGACACCGUCACUAGUCUAAGAUCCGAGGAUUAUUCUGUGGUUUAA